AUGGAGAGCCGCCUCUCCGUGCCGGCUGCUACCCUCGGUCUCCAGGGCUUGCUCAAUGCACUGGGUGGAGUCUACGGACUCGUGAGGCCAGCCGCUUUCGUUGCUCAGAUGGCCCAGCAAUUCGGUGGCGGCAUCCAGGCGCCCGUCGUACACGGGAUGAGGUAUCGAUACCGCACACGGGAGAGAGAUCGGCAGAGUACUGCAAGCUGAUGCGCCGAGCAGUCUCCAGCUGCUCACCAUGGGAAUCUACACCGGCCUCGCCGCCACCCAACCUGCUCUGCACAGGCCAGCACUCGCCAUCAACGUUUGCCUACGACUGAUGGCCGCCUAUACCUUCUGGUAUGAUGGACCGCAGAUGCACUCUGUCGCCAUGUGGGAAUUCCUCUGGGCAGUCUGGAACGGUGUCACGAUCCCAUUUGCACCGAAACUGAAUACGGUGUGA